UCUGCAGAUGUCCCCUUUGUCCCCCUCUGGCAAGGACAGAGUCUGGCAUCUGCCAUUGGUGCCCCUUCAGGAGCCCAGGGUGAGAGGCUACCACUCAGGCUUAGCACUCCUUGAGCCCUGAGGCUGGCUGGGAGGCAUCUCUUGCCAGUUUCCAGAGUCCCUGGUGGAACUCUGGUUCCUGAUCCCAGACCCUCAUCCAGCCCCUCUCUGAGGAGGAGGAGGAGGAGGCAGCCGGGACUCUGCAGCCAGAGCUUUUCAGCUUGGAGCUCUGGAGACAGAUGUAACAUUGACCUUAAAUGGUAAAAGCUCCCCAGAGUGAAGAGAGGCUGGCCAGGGAGGAAAGGGGAAUAACUCAGUUUUAGGUAAGUCAUCGCUAUUGCCUAGAAUAACCUGCCUCUUCAAGCCAGAGGGAAGCGGAGUGGCGCCUUCUCCUCCUUAAAGCCUGCGGAGCCCAAGCCUCUUGGAGCAUCUUUGGGGUUGACACAGCAGAGGUUCCAGGCACCCACAGCCACUCCAACCAGGCGGCUGCCAUGCCCCACAUUCCUGAGGAUGAGGAGCCCCCUGGAGAGCCACAGGCAGCCCAGACCCAAGACUCUCCCUCUGCAGGACCAUUCCACAGCCCUCCCACAAUCAUCCUGACGGGGGAUGCCAGCUCACCUGAAGGAGAAACUGACAAAAACUUCGUCGACAGAGCUCCCAGCCCCCACCGGAGGCUUUCUCACCGACCCCUGAAAGUCUCCACUGCUUCGCUGACUUCUGUGGACCCCACGGGGCAUGUCAUUGACCUAGUAAAUGACCAGCUGCCAGACAUCAGCAUCUCAGAAGAGGACAAGAAGAAAAACCUGGCGCUUCUGGAAGAAGCCAAGUCGGUGAGUGAGCGAUUCCUGACCCGCCGCGGGAGGAAAUCAAGGAGCAGCCCUGGAGACUCCCCAUCAGCUGUUUCCCCAAACCACAGCCUUGGGGCAUCUCCUACACCCUCUAGAAGCUGCUCGCUCACCAUCUCCACACCACCAGGGUUGGACACAUGCAGUGGCCCACAGUCCCCUUUGCCGGGAGCGCUGCCACAGGAAAAGGGGCAUGAGGCGGACAUCUCCUCACCGUGCCAUGGAGAGCCUAAUGUCUCCAAAGGGCUAGCUGACCGGAAGCAGAAUGACCAGAGGAAAGUGUCUCAAGGCAGACUGGUUCCUCGCUCUCCCACAGGGGAGAAAUCCAAAGAACUUAGAGUAGAACAAAAGGAAAACUUUGAUCCCCUUCAGCACCCGGAGGCCACGCCCAUGGCUCAGGCUUCUGGAGCAAGCAUCAGCGGGAAAAUGGCGCUCAACAGCCCCCAGCCUGGCCCUGCCGAGCCGGAGCUGGGGAGGCAGCUCCUGAAAACGGCCAGGGAAGGCAACCCUUUGCCCAGAACUGCAGCCCAGGGCUCAGGAGGAACGGUCUCCCCUCAUUCCCAGGGGCAGGGCUCUGCUGGAGAGCCUGUGGGACCCAAGGCUGGCUCCAAAGCUGAGCUGCGGUCCCCUGUGUCCCGGUCCCCCCUGAUUCGGGGGGUCUCCUGGGACAGUAGCCCUGAAGAGCCUGGUCCCCUGCUGCAGAAGGUGCUUGCCAAGCUGCCUCUGGCAGAAGAAGAGAAGCGGUUUCCAGGCAAAGCCAAGCCAGCCAAGCCACCUGGGCUUAAAGACUUGCAGAUACAAGUACAGCCUGUGCGCAUGCAGAAGCUGACGAAGCUCCGGGAGGAACACAUCCUGAUGAGAAACCAGAACCUGGUGGGGUUCAAGCUUCCUGAACUGAGUGAGGCUGCAGAGCAGGACAAAGGGGUUUCUUCUGAACUCUCCCCAACAACUGAGGAAGAAGAGUCCAAGAGUGGUCUGGAUGUGAUGCCCAACAUUUCUGACAUAUUGCUGCGCAAGCUGAGGGUUCACAAGUCACUCACUGGAAGUGCCCCUCCACUCACUGAAAAGGAAGUUGAGAACGUGUUUGUACAACUGUCCUUGGCCUUUAGAAAUGACAGCUACACCUUGGAAUCUAGAAUUAACCAGGCUGAAAGAGAACGAAACCUGACAGAAGAGAACACGGAGAAGGAACUGGAAAACUUCAAAGCUUCCAUUACGUCCUCAGCAUCCAUCUGGUACCACUGUGAGCACCGGGAGACCUAUCAGAAGCUUCUGGAAGACAUUGCGGUUUUGCAUCGUCUGGCUGCCCGCCUCUCCAGCCGGGCUGAAGCGGUGGGGGCUGUGCGCCAGGAAAAGCGCAUGUCGAAGGCGGCAGAAGUGAUGAUGCAGUAUGUGGAGAAUCUGAAGAGAACAUACGAGAAGGACCACGCUGAGCUCAUGGAGUUUAAGAAACUCGCAAACCAGAACUCUAGUCGCAGUUGUGGCCCCUCUGAAGACGGGGUGCCCCGCACGGCGCGAUCUAUGUCCCUCACGAUGGGAAAGAACAUGCCCCGCCGGAGGGUCAGUGUUGCUGUGGUUCCCAAGUUUAAUGCCCUGAGCCUGCCCAGCCAAGCCCCCAGCUCAUCACCCAUCCCCUCCCUACCAGCGCUGUCUGAAGCACCACCCAACGGGAAAGGCAACACAUCCAACCCCCCGCUGCCUGCGCUUUUGGAAAAUGGAAAGACAAAUGCAGAGUCUGACUGUGAAACUAGUGCCCCUGUGUCGCUCCCAAGCUGCCUGGAGGAGAUGAGCCAGGAGGCCAAGGCCAGGGCAGAGGAAGAAGCCUACAACAAAGGAUACCAGGAAGGGGUAAAGAAAUCUGAAGAACUCCAAGACCUGAAGGAGGAGGAGGAAGAACAGAAGACGGAGAGUCCCGAGGAACCAGAGGAAGUAGAAGAAACUGAGGAGGAAGAGAAGGACCAGAGAAGCAGCAAACUUGAAGAACUGGUCCAUUUCCUACAAGUCAUGUAUCCCAAGUUGUGUCAGCACUGGCAAGUGAUCUGGAUGAUGGCUGCAGUAAUGCUGGUCUUGAGUGUCGUGCUUGGGCUCUACAGCUCCUACAACUCCUGCACAGAGCAAGCUGAUGGGCACCCUGGGAGGCCCACCUGCUCCGCAGCCCAGCGGGACUCCUGGUGGGGCUCAGGACUCCAGCAAGAGCUGCCAGCAGAGCAGUAGGACAUCGGACUCCUUGGCAGUGCCCUGCUCUAGUGCAUUCACCCCAACAGCCUGCCCCCGAGUACGGCGAGUCAGGCGCAGGUGUGCACACGUGGCCACCUACCCCAUUGGGGUAUAAGGAGGCUUUCUCCUGUCGCUUAUCACCUCCAUGGAAGUUACUCACACACAGUAACCUGAUGCUUUGAAGGAAUAAACAAAACUCCCCUGGGAAAGUGAGUGAUAGACAAGGAAGCGACCUUCACCAAGGACUUGGACCCAAGGGAAGAGUCCUGCCCCUGGCUCAGAUGGAUUGGGAACACGGAAACCCCUUUAUUCAGGGUUUGCCCCCUUUUCGUUCCCUAUCAUUCGUGGUCACGAAGAAUUGCACUUAACGGCCAGUACUGACCAUAAGGAUCAGGCCUGGGACUUGGAGUCACAGCAUGGAUAUCUUCUUUCCACUUCCCACCUCAUUUAUCAUGACAGUUCUUUAGCCUCCUCUCUCCCCUUCAGACUCACCAUUUCUUUUCAGAGAGUGGGAAAGCUUUCUCAUAAAAGUACCCAGGCCAAAAGUAGCCCCAUGCUAGAAAGAAGACAAGAGGAUGUGAAUUAAUAUGUAACAUAUCUGUAUGCAUAUGGACAAUACACACGUGUUUGUGCACAAAGACACCCACUCUCUGGAAGUGUUCUCUGCUCAGUGGCACCCAUGUCAUGGCAACCAACUGGUUUUCACUAGGUUUGAAGCAGUAGUCACCAGACACCAAUAUAGUGAGCCUCCGCACACUCCAACGGUGUUUGAACCCCCUGAGAAAUCAUGCCUUCAUUUCACUUCAGAUGCUGGUUCAGAGACGCUGUUUGGCACAGUCUGUUCCCUGGUUGCUUGCACCAUUUGAAAGUCACCCCACACAGUUAACCCACCUCUUGGGUAAGAAAAGGUGUGCCCUCCACUCCAGACUCUCCCUCCGCCUUGCACCUCGGAGGCUGCAGUUCUCGUGCUAUUUCCAGCCCGAAUGUGUUCAGCAUCAACCUGAAGAGAGUGCAGCCCACCUCCAGCAUGGAGUCUCUCCACGCCAUUCAGCUGUUUCCUUCAUCCAGCACUCAUCAGUGGCGACACAGCUUCUGUGGUGGUUGCUUUUCCGUUUCACUGUUUUUGUUGCUAACACUCCUGUCGGACUUACGGUGAUCCAAACCCCGUCUCAGCGUCAUAUAAGCAGUAAUCCAUUUAGUCCUCGAGGAAAAAAAUCUGAAAUGGAUAUUACUACCUCCAUGUUAAAAAAAAAUGCAUACAUACAUACAAGAGUACACACACACACACACACACACACACACACACACACAUACUGAUACAACAUGCCAAGCAUAUAUAGCUAGUAAGUAAGUCUUUCAAACUAGAGUGGUGGCUCCAGAGACUGGACUCCUUGACCCUUCUCUGACCUCCCAGCUGGGUGCCUUCCAGGCUGACCCUACUCCCCAACUGGCCCUUCCACUGUUCCAAACCAGCCACGGUUCCCAAAUUGCUUCUUUCACUGUUCUUUAACUCCUAAGCGUCUGUCCUGCCAUUGGUCUUUUUUUUUUCCCUCUCACCACCCUUGAGGACUAAGCGGAAGCAUUACCCCUCUACAUAGGCCUCUGUGACCUCCUUCCACACCCUCAAUCAUGCCAGACACAAUGGGUGGCACACUUAGCGCUUCUGGCACUGGUUUUAACUAUUGACCUGUACCUACUGUCUGACUUAUUUAUAUACCUAUCUUCCUGAACAUGUUCCCUCAAAUACCAGGUCUUACCAUCUCUUGGGUAGGUACCUAGCGUGGGAGACACUUGGGGAGAAUUGUUUAAUGUUGGUUAAAAGAACAAGUGAACAGUCACGGUGGAGAGUAGCCCACAACUUGUGACAUUUCAAGGGUUCCCAGUACCAUCACUCCAUGCCGACUCCACGCAUCCAGUCCCUUCAGAGAGACAUGCCCCACCCCACCCGGCUAGGCCUCACUUUUCUGAAGAAAAGCACAGUUUCUGAAGAAACUUCUUUACGGUGGCUGGAAAAUGGCAGAGAGAAAAGCCCAAGGAUGUGCCAUUAAAGGUAAUGAGGUUCAGAGCAAGGCAGAGAGACUUUGCGGGCGUGGGUGGAUGGCUUACCUGGUGUCUUCUGUGGAACUAGAAGCUGCAGGAGAUUUAACGACCUAAGCACCUUGGAGCCAAAGACACAGUGUAAAGAGUGCAGAGAAGCUGUUGGGUAGCACUCCUUGAGGGAGGAGGGGAGGACAAUGUCCAGUCUCAGGCCACGCCCGCACCCACACCCACACCCACACCCACACCCAAAGAUGGUCCAGCCUGGGUGAGUGCAUUGUCUACUUGGCCACACAUUUUCCACCCCUGUUUUAGUCGACACAUGUGUUGAGGAGAGCAUGUGUAAACUCCUUCAGCAUCGCCCUGAAGCCCACAGGAGCCCUCCGGCACAGACAGGCAACCGCACUGCUCCAGCUGUUAGGAUGGCUGAGGAAAAGGACAUCUCCAAAGAGCGUAGCCAUAUUUAGAACAACCUGGCUGAACACACACUGGUUGGUCUACCUUUUCAGGAGAGCAAGAAACAACUUGAAGCGGUCACAGCUGCUGCCACACAUGGCCAGUGACCUGGAAGCCAGCCUUGUGCUUCCAGACGUAAGAGUGAAACGAAAUAAAAGUUGCCACUCACCGUGCCUCUGAAACCUUUCGCGUCUGCUUCACCCUGAGGGUCUGGUUGCCAGCCUUCUGUUGCGGAGGGCUGUGUUUACAUCACCACUGAUGUCACUUCCUAAAAGGAACUUCACUUUCUAGCCACCAUGAAGCCAUAUGGACUGUUUUUCUGUACGGCCUGGAAGAGGGGAUGGCAAGGGAGACACUGGACUUGCCUAUCGCCGGCUGUCAGUCCCUAGUGCUGUUAAGCCUCCCACAGGUAGGUGAACUAGCGUUGAACUGCUGAAUGUCACACGGCUGAGUUUGAAAAUAAAUGCACAUUUCCAAACCUUU